AUGUCUCGAAGCAAACCACUUGCUUAUCAGUCUUCGAAAGCAGUUCUCGAGCAUAUCAGUUUUGGAAAGAGGAAGCAUUUCUAUGCCAUAUGCCCAGCAAUCAGAAAAAUGGAAAAAAUUUUGCCUUAUCAUCUCGAAUUAGUUGAGCUGUUUAGUAUUGCAGAUUGUUUCUUCUUGAUUGUGGAUUCUUUUAAAUUUUGUUUUGGGGAGUAUGAGGGAAAUUGUAUAAUUAUGAUAAACCUUUCGACGGCUGCGCUUCGACGGAUACGACUUACCUGUUUGGAACCCAAGAAGGCAGUGGAGAAAUUUGUAUUGUAUAAUUUAAGCAGAGAAGGGACACGCAUUAAAACAGUUGACUUGAUUACCGGACCAGAGUUCAUUAAGAAAUGCAUUCCAAUUGAUAUCAAAAACUUGAUUGUGAAAGCAACCUCUGAAUGGUUUCCCACAAAUGUUCCAGUUGAAAAUGUGGAACUGAAAAUGGCGAAACACGUGACUGUGGAAAUUCCGGGGCGUAUCACAGAAAGAAUCAACACAGGAAUAGUAUCAGAAUGGAAUUGUAAAUCGAUCCGAAUUGAGUCGUGGAUGAAGAGUGAAGAGGUUGCGGACUACUGUAACAAAGUAUCAAAAAGAACAGAUAGACCGAUUGGAAGUACAUUGAGGGUAAACCACAAUUCACCAGUGGAAUUCUUGUUUGAAAUUCUCCAUUCUAAUAUGAAUGCCAGAAAAACAGUGUUGAAUGGCAGAAAAUGUGCAACAAUUUCAAUCGACGAGUCGACUGAGUUGAACGUAUAUGGUUGUAACAUUGGUAGUUACUCUGUGGUUGUGGAAGUGUGUGCGAGUGGAACUGCAGUCGAUCAAGUUUGA